AUGGCAACACUGAGCGCCCCCUGCGAAAUCACCGUUGUCGACUUCUCCAAAGACCGCCUCACCCUCCAGAGGCUCGACAAUAAAACACUAACGGGAUUCUUGAACCUGCCCCAACCUGAAUGGGCCAGUUGCCGCUGGAUCAAUGUCAAUGGUCUUAGUUGGGAUGUUAUCCAAGCCCUGGGCCGGCAUAAAAACCUCCACCGGUUGGCAAUCGAAGAUAUGAUGAACACGAAAAACAGGACAAAGGCGGAAUGGUUCCCAACACAUGCCUUUAUCGUGUUGACGCUCCAAAAAUUGGUCCAUUUAUAUGAAUCAGAAAGUGAGGAUUCUGAUUCGGAGUCCGAAGACGAUACAACUAAGAGCGUGCGGAGCAAGCGGAGCACAAAAUCUCCAAAACGGCUACUGCGGCGCCUGAAGAGAGCGUUUCGCCGGAAACCCGAUAACUUGGGAGAGAAAUCCUUGGGCACGGGGAGGUCAUCCAUUCCUAGGAAUGCUGGGGUCUAUUUAAGAUCUCAACCCACUGGCUUCUCCGAGGUGUUAGAUAUCAGCCAACUGCGUACACUGCAGCGCUACCAUGCCUCGCCGAACGACCCACGGACCAAGUACAUGGAAAAACAUUCUGCCCUCUCCCCAAGGAACUUGGCCGUGGCUUGCGAGCAGGUGUCCAUGUUCCUCACCAAUGACAACUGCAUCCUUAGCUUCUUUGAGCAAUCAGCGCAUGAUAUUGAAACGCCCAUCAUCCGACGGCUUCAGACCGAUGACACCAUCAUCAGGCAAUCAUGCGAUGCUUCCUUAGUUGGGCAAGCCAUCAUGGACGCAAUAAUCGAUUUGGCUAUUCCAGUCACGGCCUGCUACGAUGACGUGAUAGGUGAUCUUGAACUAGACGUCCUCAACCGGCCUAACAUCGGGCAUACCAAGAGCCUCUAUAUCCUCAUAUCCGAAAUCAACAAAGUCCUGUCCUUCAUCAGCCCCAUCACGACGCUCAUCAAUACUCUGCGUGACCACGAAGCCAAGGUGUCCCCGGAUGUGGUCAUGACGCACCUCCUGGACCCGAACCACGGCGUGAUUAUCACGCCUAUGACUUACAUCUAUCUUGGGGAUGUGCUCGACCAUUGCGUGCUGAUCACUGAGACGCUUAACCAGCUCAAAGGCUCGGCCGACGGCAUGAUUGGGCUUAUUUUUAAUACCCUAUCAGCUUACCAAAACGAGUCCAUGAGGCAGCUCACCGUCGCAACCAUCAUCUUCCUGCCCUUGACGUUCCUAACUGGGUAUUUCGGACAGAAUUUCGAGCCGUUUAGCGUCUUGCAAGAGGACAUCAGCUACUUGUACGCAUUGCCCCCUUCGGUUUAG